CAACGGAUUGCAAUCGUUUUCCUUGGUUGGGGUUUUCCAGUGCAGAGUGUAGCGUGCAGAGUGUAGAGACGCCAUGGGCAACAGAAAGCAAUCCGGUGCCCGCUGGCGGGGGUUCUUUGCUACAGCGGUUGUGUGCUCCUGGGUUCUCUCCCCCUGCUCCGCUUUUGGGGUCUCGCGGCAGGGCAUCGGUGCCCGCCAGCAAUGCCAGCAAUACCACCAGCAACAAUACCAACACCGACAGAACUCGGCACUCGGCAUGUCGCUGUCCGGAACCGAAGAAGACCCGGCCAUACUGGCGAUCCGAUCCCUCGCGACGUACCACGAGGGGGAAUGGACCGGGCGGGCCCGAUCCUUCACCGUCACCCCGGACGUUGCGGCGGGGGUCGUCAAGCGGAAGCUGUCCGAGGAGUACACCGUGGCGGUCCGGCUGGCAACCUCGGAGAUCAACAUCGAUCCGUCGACGGCAUCGGAACCCGACCUGGGAACGAUCUCCCUGUCGGAAACGGUCAGCUGGGGCGACAAGAUUUCCCACAGGUCCAUCCCCCUCUUCACGGCGCCCGGCGCAUCGCGUUCGGGGGCGGAGAAGGGGUCCCGAACCGGCCACGUGGACGUCGACGACGUCGACGCCUCCUAUUCCCUGGACACGACCAACCCGAAGGAUUUCCCCAGCAUCCUGGCGGGCCUCUCCGGAAAGAGCGCCAGGGACCGCCUGCAGUUCGUCGUGGAGCACUGCGUCGCGGCCGGGGAGGACCGCCGGUCUCGCUGCUUUGCGAUCUACGGCGAGGACAACUCGCUGCUCCGCGUCGUUGUCUCGGAAGAGGAACGGGUGGCCAGCGGGAAACCCGGGGCCGGUGCCUCCGGGAACCCCGUCGCGGGAGGCAGCGGCAAGAACGGCAGCGAAAGCGGGGUCACCAUGAGCGACCUCAUCGAGAUGCAAAACGACGUGGAUCGGCUGGUGGACAAAAUCGCGGCAAACGUGUACGACGGGACGUCCGGUGAUCCUCCGUCGUCGCAGGGAAGCCCCGCACGAGACGGCGGCGACGACGAAGACACACCGGCGUCCCGGCUGGAGAAACUGGGAAACGCCAUGGGACCCCCCAAGGAAGACGGCACGCGGGACCUGUCGCCCUACGACAUGAGCCUGCUGGAGAUGACAGGUGGGGUCUGGCUCGGGGACAUGAUGAUCCGGGAAACGGCCGACGUUGCGGCGUCUCCGAGCGACAAGGGACCGGGAAAGGGGUUCGGCAAGCCACCGGCGGCAUCCUCCGCGCCCCCGCCCCAGGAGCCCUCGAGUGCCUUUGGGACGUGGAAGCCGGGGGUCCAAAAGAUUGCCUACCGGUGGAUGUGGAACUUUGAGGAGGAAAUCCGUCAGACCGUCGACGCGGGAAAGUCGCUCGGCAGCUCGAUGGAUUUCCACCUGAAAAAGUCGCUGGCGGGGAGCGUGUGCCUCGACGAAAGCUUCUCGCGGAGAAAGGCCAAGAACGAACGCAUGGUCUACGUCGACUGGGGAGAAGACUCGGUGGGCUUUCUCCUCGGACCCUACUCCGUCCAGGUGCCGCGCUACGUGAACUUCGACCCCUCGGCCCCGACGGCGAGGGCGCCCGCGGUCACCAAGCCGUUCUACACCGAGUUUGGCGUCUUCCAGAGCGCCCCCCCCGCCCUCGCCCGGGGCAGCGACGGGGUGAUCGACGUCACCGAGACACCGGGCCCCGACGAGCUGUGCUGGUCGAAGAUCGGCAGGCUGUACAACUUCGAGGGACGAUUGAAGCAGGGGUGCACGUCGUUUUCGACCUUUAAGCGCUUCGAGCUCGAGGACGAUAGCAUCGACGACGACCAGCUCGACGACGAAAUCGACGACGAUCUUGCCGAGCUUCUGUAGUGCAGCACGAAACUUAAGACACGUUUUCUUGGUUUCGUCACUGUUCCAGACUCCGAAAACGUGCUUGUUGUUCCGGAAGGCUAGUGUCUAGCUCUUCUGACCUGACUGCUACAGAGAUAGUUUCUCUACAGAAGUUAUUACAAACAAACGAGAAACUCAUAC